GUGUUCAAGCGCUUCGUUGAGAUUGGCAGAGUUGCCUUCAUUUCUUUCGGGCCGCAUGCUGGCAAGCUGGUGGCCAUUGUGGAUGUUAUUGACCAAAACAGGGCACUAGUUGAUGGCCCCUGCAGUGGUGUCAGGAGGCAGGCUAUGCCCUUCAAGUGCAUGCAGUUGACUGAUUUUGUUCUCAAGUUUCCACACAGUGCUCGUCAGAAAUGUGUGCGACUUGCCUGGGAGAAGGAAAAUAUAAACGAAAAAUGGGCAGCAACAAGGUGGGCAAAGAAGAUUGCAGCCCGAGAAAAGAAAGCCAAAAUGACUGACUUUGAUCGCUACAAGGUUAUGAAAGCAAAGAAGAUGAGAAACAGGAUCAUCAAGCAUGAAAUGAAGAAGCUCCAGAAGAUGAUGUCUUCUAAAAAAGGCAAGAAGCCAGAGAAACCAGGGAAGGCAAAGAAGUCGGAGAAG